ACUGAUGGGUGGAGGAGGUUGCCAUGGAGACAGGUCCAGGGCCCAGGGGCUCAGGACGGGGAGGCAGAAGUUCGAGUUCCUAUUGGCUCAGCCAGCGCGCAGCGUUCUCCGGGCGCACAUGCGCAGUGGCGCCGAGGCGAGGUCGUUGCGAAGCCUAGGCGCUGGGGGUUCCGGCCCGGGCUUCUCGGGGACCGAGCUGGGGCGGGCGGGUCCUGACGGCUCCCGGCCCCUCCCGGAGAGGCAAGUGGCGGAACCAGAGGUCCCUGUGCCCCUCAGGGCCGAGUCCGCCACGCAGGCGCCAGGGACACCGUCGCCAUUGUUGCCCGGGGCCGCUCGAGCUGCGCGGCCGGGUCCCAGCGACAGGGACCCUUACUCAUCCUUGCAAGUUCUGGGCUCAGAAUUUGUUACAAGCUGCAAAUUCUACCUUGGUUCUGUUCUGGCCCUGGCUACAUCAGCCCUUGAUUUAAAAAAAAAAAAAAAAAAAAAAAAAAAAAAAGUGUUUUGUGACUGUAGCGUGAAACUUCAAGCAGUUGGCUCAAUACUGGAGAAAUAAAGGAUAUUGCCAGAUUGAUUCUCCUGUGUAUAGCAAUGUUAGCCUCAAGAAGUAGGAUGACCAGUUCUUCGCGCUCCCAAGUCCUUCUAAUGUGGAAACAAGACAAGGUUCAAAGUGGACCCUGCAGUGUUGAGAAGCAAAUGCUCACUUCAAGACUCUUGCGUGACACUGAGACCUGUCGACAGAAUUUUAGAAAUUUUCCAUACCCAGACAUGGCUGGUCCACGGAAAGCAUUAAGUCAACUCCGAGAGCUCUGCCUUAAGUGGUUGAGACCUGAGGUUCACUCCAAGGAACAAAUCCUUGAGUUGCUGGUGCUGGAGCAAUUCCUGACCAUCCUGCCUGGGGAGGUUAGGACUUGGGUAAAGUCUCAGUAUCCAGAGAGCAGUGAGGAAGUGGUGACUCUGGUGGAGGAUUUGACUCAAAUUCUAGAAGAGGAAGCACCUCAGAAUUCUGCCCUUUCCCAAGAGAUUCCAGAGGAACAGCCCAAACAUGCUUUCCAGGUAGAGCGGCUCAGUGACUUGGUGACUAAAGAAUCAAUGACAUUCAAAGAUGUAGCUGUGGACAUCACCCAAGAGGACUGGGAACUAAUGCGCCCUGUUCAGAAGGAACUGUAUAAGACUGUGACUUUACAGAACUACUGGAACAUGGUUUCUCUAGGACUGAGCGUGUACAGACCAACUGUGAUUCCCAUCUUAGAAGAACCAUGGAUGGUGAUAAAAGAAAUUUUAGAAGGCCCUAGUCCAGAAUGGGAAACUAAAGUCCAAGCAUAUAUUCCAGUAACGGAUAUUCCUAAACUCAAACAGGAUGGAACCCAGACCAUCAAAUUGGAAGAAUCAUAUGACUAUGAUGACAAAGUAGAGAGGCAGCCAGUGUAUACCUUCAGGAAAAUUCACACCAGUGAAAGAGAUUUCUUUUUGAAGUCAGAGUUUCCACAAGAAAAUCCUACAGAAGAAUGUCUUAAUAAAUAUGAUAUAUAUAGAAAUGAUUUUGAAAAGCACUCAAACCUAAUUGUACAGUUUGAUACUCAGUUAGAUAAUAAAACUUCUCUGUAUAAUGAAGUCAAGCCAACCUUCAAUAAUGUCUCAUCUGGUAUUGUACAUGGGAAAAUACUUCCUGGAGAUAAGCCUUAUUCAUGUAAUGUAUGUGGAAAAAAGUUUAGGAAAUACCCAUCACUCCUGGCACACCAAAAUAGCCAUGCCAAAGAGAAAUCUUAUGAAUGUGAAGAGUGUGGAAAAGAGUUUAGGCAUAUCUCAUCCCUCAUUGCACAUCAGAGAAUGCAUACUGGAGAAAAACCAUAUGAAUGCCACCAGUGUGGUAAAGCCUUCAGCCAGCGUGCACACCUUACUAUACACCAGAGAAUUCAUACUGGAGAGAAACCCUAUAAGUGUGAUGACUGUGGAAAAGACUUUAGUCAGCGUGCACAUCUUACUAUACAUCAAAGAACACAUACUGGAGAGAAACCAUAUAAAUGUUUGGAAUGCAGCAAAACUUUCAGCCAUAGUUCAUCACUGAUUAAUCAUCAGAGAGUUCAUACUGGAGAAAAACCUUAUAUAUGCAAUGAAUGUGGGAAAACUUUCAGUCAGAGUACACACCUUCUCCAGCAUCAAAAAAUUCAUACUGGAAAGAAACCAUAUAAAUGCAAUGAGUGUUGGAAAGUGUUUAGUCAGAGCACUUACCUUAUUCGACAUCAGAGAAUUCAUUCUGGAGAGAAGUGCUAUAAAUGCAAUGAAUGUGGAAAGGCCUUUGCUCAUUCCUCAACGCUUAUACAACAUCAAACUACUCACACUGGAGAGAAAUCCUAUAUAUGUAAUGUAUGUGGGAAAGCCUUCAGCCAGAGUGCAAACCUUACUCAGCAUCAUAGAACACAUACUGGAGAGAAACCAUAUAAAUGUAGUGUAUGUGGGAAAGCAUUCAGCCAGAGUGUGCACCUUACUCAACACCAGAGGAUUCAUAAUGGAGAAAAGCCCUUUAAAUGCAAUAUAUGUGGGAAAGCAUAUAGACAAGGGGCAAAUCUUACUCAGCAUCAAAGGAUUCAUACUGGAGAGAAACCCUAUAAAUGUAAUGAAUGUGGGAAAGCUUUUAUUUAUUCCUCAUCACUUAAUCAACAUCAGAGAACUCACACUGGAGAGAGACCCUAUAAAUGUAAUGAAUGUAACAAAGAUUUUAGCCAGAGAACAUGCCUUAUUCAACACCAGAGGAUUCACACAGGAGAGAAGCCCUAUGCAUGCCGUAUAUGUGGUAAAACCUUCACCCAGAGUACAAAUCUUAUUCAGCAUCAGCGUGUUCAUACAGGUGCUAAGCAUCGUAAUUAAUGGACAUAGGAGACUUCAUUUACAUUUUGCAGCUUGAUUGCUUAAAUUUCAUUUUGUGUGCUCUGUGUGUCAAAACAUUUUAAAGAAAUCUAAUGUGCAAUAUACUAGCUCCCACAGUAUCAGAAGUACCAGAAUUAGUAAAAUGGAUAUAAUCCACUUGAAUUUAAUGUGAAAUUUAAAAGGAAGCUUCAUUGGCUGCUUAACUUUUUUAUUUGCUAUCACUUGAAUUCGUUCCAAAAAGAAACACUGUGAGAGAAUAUUUUAAAACCUGUAACUCAUCAACUCUCAGUGAAAUUCAAGUACUUUUUGGUGAGGCCUUAUAAAUAAAACUUGGAAAAGCAUCCAUCAAGUAGAUUUCACACUAGAGCUUAAUCCUGAGAUUAUAGGGAAGAAAAAGCUGCUUUGGGGCCUUUGCUUCAUCUCAGCUUUGAAGCCUUAAAAUAGGUAAAGGGUACCCUCCCCUUUUCUGCUUCCUCUUUUCCUGUUACACCUGCCGUGUGGAGCCAGUAGGCUUGAAGGGAAGAAGACCUGAAAAAAUCUUAAAAGAUUUCUAUGUGACCACUGCCUGACUACACUUUCCUUCAAGGAAAAAAAGCUUAAUGAAAGGUAAUCUGAUAGAAUAAAGGACUGAUGUAUAUAAAUCCUAGACACAUACAGAUUUGAUCAGGCAAAAAUUACUCCCCAAGCUUCAAUUCAUCUUUAUACCAAAGCAGCCUUAGUUUCACUUGGUUUUGACACCAGUGUCAUCCUAAAGGAAAAACAAGUAGGCAUACUCUUCCCAUUUUUUUUCACCUGGCUCAAAUUUUCCACAAGUCUCCCCAUGGUUCUUACUAUAGCAAAUCAAUUUCUUCCAUUGAAAUACAUUCAUUGAGUGCCUCCUGUGCUCAAGGAUGCAGACUUCUUGACUGAAUCCUUUCUGUUGACUCAACAGAAAACUUUUUAAAGUCAUGAAAAAGUAGGGAAACGAUCUGAACAACUUUGCCACAGAACAAACACAGUCCUACCUUAAACGGAUUGUCAAAUGCUGCCCUGUAACCUAGAUCAAGGGAGCAGUGAAAGUAGCUACAAAAAUAAUGUGAGACCAAGUAAUAGAAAAGAAGCUUGAGUCCAGUGCAGAAGGGGCAGGCGAAAACCAAGGGGAGAAGUAAGGAGGGCAUGCAAGUACUGGUGGGACCCGAAAUAUGAUUUGACCUGCUUUACCUAAAAAUAAUAGUGGUAAAACAAAAGAAAAUUUAGCCUAUUGGUAGGAAACUAAAAAUGAAAUUAUUUUAGAGAAUAACAAAGUCUGAUCCUUCACACAUGGAAGUAAAUAGAGAUGGCUCUUGAUGUGUUAGGAAAACAUUUCAGUGGAAAAGCAUUGGUGCAGAAACCGUCAUUGAUACUGUAAUGAUUAAACAAUAAAGUGAGUUCAUGGUCUUAAACAGCAUAAAAGGAAGAUUGGCAGAAAUAGGUAGAAAAAUAUCAUUAAUCAAUAUCCCUAGCAUUCCACUCUCAGAAUAUAAAGCUGAGAUGUUUGUCUUGCUCAUAUUUGCUUCUCCGGUGCCUUGCAUUUAGCACAUGAUCAAUACAUAUUGGUUGAAUUAAUGAGCAAACUAUAGAGAUUAGAGUAAUCAGGUAGAAUCAUAGGCAUGGAGUGAAAAUUGAUGGAACCGAAGAUAACUUCUAUGUGCAUGCAUCAAAUAUUUAACAAAUCCUAUUUACUUAGUAGUAAAUGCUUAAAAUGAAGAAUCAGAAAUCUUGGGACAUCUUUAUACAAGGAAAUUUUCCUUAACUAAAUGAAAGGAAACAAAUUCUGGUACUAUAAAUAUCUGAGCAUGCAUUGACUCUACGGCCUCAUUUGACACUACCUGUUAUAUAAACAUCCUAUAAACAGGUGUGGAAGGAGAAGCUGGAGUGCUAGCAUCCUAAGGCUAUUUUGAGUGUUUUCUUAAUGGAAUUUUCUCUCUCUUCAUGGCAUUAGUUAGCCUUGACUGCAUAGUAUCAUCAUUUACAAAAUGCAGGUUGAAAAAUAUUCUAAUUACACUCGCUCCACAAUUAUGUUAAAAAUAGCAGUUGUAUUUAAUGUGUGGCUUUUUAAAUGUUGCUUCAUGCCUUGCGUAGCACCUUUUUCCAUGGGAAUGAAAGUGUGAUUCAGGCCACAGCACAGUGCUUUGUAUUUCCUGCCUUUCUGUGUUUUGUGUAAAUGAUGCAUUUAUAAAGUCUUCCACUGCUUCACAGAGGCAAAUGAGGCCCUUAUGAAAAACAGGCAGAAUAAUAGCACAGAAUCCUACGUCACUGUGUGUUUUCCCCUCCAUUUUAGAAUUGUCUGGCCCAUGAGUAAUUCACAGUCUUUCAGCAAAUAGUCUUAUUUUCUACAACUUUUUAUUAGGAAUAUUUCCAAAUAUUUAAGAGUUUAGAAAUUGGAAAAUUAACUGUACCCACCACCUAUAUUUUUCAUUAUUUUUCCAUAUUAAAAAGUAACUUAAAGACAUUUUGCUUCUAAAUAUAUCUCAUAAAAAUAAGUCUUUUACAUAACCACAGUACCUCGCAGCAAAUAAGCAGUACUUUUUAAUAUCUAAAUGCCUAGUCCAUUUUCAGAUUUCUCCUGUUGAUGUAGCCAAUUUUCACACAUACUUUCUUGUAUCUGUUUCAUCUGUCGAGAACAGUCCCCUUUCGUUUUUUUUCUUUGUGUUUUCAGUCAGUUGUCUUGGAGAAUGCCUCACAUUCAGGAUUUAACUGAUUAUUUACACAUGGUUUACAUGUGGUAUCCUGAAGUGUCUGUAAAUUAGGAGUUGAGGCUAAAGGUUUAAUUGAAUUCAAUUAGACAUUUUUAGCCAUAGCACCACACAAGUGCAUUUCAUCUUGCACCACAAAUUCUUAUUAGGUUGGCACACUGCUAACAUGACGUGUAGCUAUUGUGGUGGCACCCUCCCAGUCUUUCCAAUGUGGUUUUUCCUUUUUGCAAUUAAUGGACUGACACUUGGGCAACAAAUGUCUAUCCUGUUUAUCAACAGCUUUUCACCUGGUCAUAUUAUUACCCAAUAAUCCAUGCCUGCAUCAGUUUUUCAUCAAGGUCUGCAAAACAGUGAUUUUUCUAUUGCUCUUUCUACAUAUGUUGAGUGGAGGUCUUCUGCAAGGAAGAACUUUCCUUCAUUAACUAGAAAUUCAUUAGAAGCAAGCACUUAGCUCUUUUCCACUAAUUACCAGUUUGGGAGCUUUUUAUAUUAUCUCCAGUGAUGACAGGUGGUUCGGUGUGUUGGUUGUGGUCAUUGUUUCUGAUGUUUAAGCUGUCUCAAAUUUGGUUAGUAGGAAUCACCCAAGUAACAGCUACGUCCUCUUUGACAUUCCCUCACUCAUCUCUGGGCACCUAAACACUUUCUGACACGUGAUAUCUCAGAUUCGCCCUACAUUUUCAGUGCCCCCAAAUAUGGAUUGAAACACUUCUCCAGAAACUCCCUGCUUCUUUUUCUGGGUAGCUAUAGCAACAAGUUCUGGGCUCUGCACAUGGUCAUGCCAACUGGAGCCGCAAUUCCCAAGUGUUUCCAGCCAUUCAACUUUGUUUAUGAAGAAGGAAUUCUCUCUGCACUCUUAUGCAUAGAGUUAUUAUCUAAUUAUGUAGUUUAUAUCUAAUUAUAUAAUGAGUGAUAGAAUUUUUUAACUGGAAUAACUUGGAAACAAACCACUGGGUCUUAUUGAGCAUACAAAGUAAACUGAAGCCAGGCAUGGUGGUGCACUCCUUUAAUCCCAGUACUCAGAAGGCAAGGCAGAGUCAGGUGGAUCUCUGUGAUUUUGAAACCAGCCUGGUCUACAUAGCAAGUUCCAAACCAGCCAGGGCUACACAAUGAGACCCUAUCUCAAAAAAAUAAAAAAAUGGAAAAAAAAAAGUAAACUGAAGAGAACAAAUGUGUGUUCUCAAAAGGAGCAAAUGUAACCUCUGAAGGUCUAGCAUCAGAGUCACCAGCUACUUGUUCAGAGGUAAUGGACUUUGGCAGUUAAUUUGGCAGUGGGUUAAGUAGAGGGCAGGUAAGUAAACAAGUGUACAGUGCUUACUGUACCAUAGCUAUCACAUCUUGACAACUUUAUCAGCUAACAAAUUCAGCACUUUAAUUUGUGGUGCUGGUGUUCAAACCCAGGGCCUCACAUACAUAGUAGGCAAAUAGCUCUACCACUGAGCUACACCAUCAGACCCCUACCUUCACUGAACCUGAAACUCCAAUUUGGUAAGACUGACUGGCCAGUGAGCUCCAGGGAUCCAUCUGUCUCUGACACACACACCCCCCCCAGUACUGGGGUUAUAGAUGCACACUACUGCAUCUAAAUUUUACAUGAAUGCCAAGGAUCUGAACUGAGGUCCUCAAGCUUAGACAGCAGACUCUACCCACAGCCAUCUCCCAAGCUCCUGCAUCACAUUUCUUAAAAUAGUUUUCUAUGGAUCUGUUGCAUGCAAACAUAAGUAGUGUUUUGUCUGUUUGAGACAGGGUCUCACUGUGUAGCUCAGACUAAAAUUUGUGAUCCUCCUGCCUCAGCAUCCCUAAUGCUGAAAUUAUUGGCAUGCAUCACCACACAGGGCUUAAUAAUAGUUCUGGUUUUGUUUUACUAAACUUUUAAUAUUUAGACCUUUAAGGCUUUAUGUUUCAUUUUUGUGUGUGUUUAUGUAUCAGUUCACGUGCCUGUAAAUGUAAUUUGCAUCUUUACAUUGUUCUCCCCAGGGCUCUGUAUUUCACCAUAUUUAUCAGCCCCUUUGAACACUAUAACCAUUAAAAAUACCAAGCAUGUGCACUUUGGUGACGUGUAUAAAUAUGUGUUCCACACCAUCUAGUCUUCCACUCUGUAUAAAACGGGAGCAGAAACUCAUGAUGUUGACACAUCAGGUUACAUGUCAUACAGUGACAGAGUAGGAAUUGGAACCCAUAACUUCCAAGCACUUAGUUGAGCUCUUGUAAAAUAAUAGUAAAUGGAAAGUCUAAG